AAAUCGCAACGAAAAACAUCGCAAUGGGAAAGCUAACGCUAUACGGCAUCGAUGGAAGUCCCCCGGUUCGGUCGGUCAUUCUCACCCUGAGGGCCUUGGGCCUGGAUUUCGAGUACAAGGUGGUCAACCUGCUGACCGGAGAGCACCUGCAGCCGGAGUUCCUCAAGCUCAAUCCCCUGCACACCGUUCCCGUGCUGGACGACGAUGGAUUCAUCCUGUGCGACAGCCACGCCAUCAACUCCUACCUCGUCAGCAAGUUCAGCAAGGACGACUCCCUGUAUCCGCGGGACCUCCAGAAGAGGGCGCUCGUCGACCAGCGAUUGUUCUACGAAUCCGGCACAGUGGCGCCCGCUGGUGUGGCCAUCACCUACCAGGUCUUUUGGCAGGACAACCCGGAGAUUCCAAAGGCCAAGAUCGAUACCUUGGCGGAGGUGUACAAGAACCUGAACUUGUUCCUCAAGACCAGCGACUUUGUGGCGGGAGAUAACCUCACCAUUGCCGAUUUCCAUGUCCUGGCCGUGCUCACUGGCUUGGUCUACUUCCUGGAGAUCGAAUCCUCCAAAUACCCCAGGCUGGCUGGCUGGCUGCAGAGGAUGAAGCGGCUGCCCUACUACGAGGAGGCCAAUGGAGCCAGGCUGGAGCAGAUUAUCCAACUCAUCAAGGCCAAAGACUUUAAGAUUGUCUAGGACAUGGUUGGAAGUUCCAACGAAGGAUUGAUUUCCAUCAGAAGCUUCAAAGGAUUGCCUUGUAUUUGGUAGAUAUUAUGGAGUACUGCGAAACAUUUUGUUUCAGUCAAGUUUUGAAUGGGGUUCGUACCCCAAGAAUGUUUGGUCCUUGACCCCACAAGAGUACAAAGAUAGUAAUACAAGAAAUAAAGUAAAAUUUAAAUAUAAA